AUGAGUGGGCUCGACGCCGAGUCGCACGUUGUGACCGCCAAAACCAUGCAGUCCCUCCAUGCCCCGAGGCUAGUCCCCGAGAAAACCGCGGUCGACACACUCGAAGCGCCACUGCAAGCCAAGACGCCGGGCGCCAACUUGCCCGAGAAGACGAAAGAGCGGGCUCAAAUCGUCGAGGAGACGCAGUUGUUUCAAGCCAAACUCCGCGAGCACGCCGUGUGGGUCCAGCUUCACCAGCGCGAGCUUGCGCAGCAGCAGCAUUUUGCACUUAAAGAGGAUGGAAGUCCGCGAAAAGCGUCGAGUGAAUCACCGGCCGGGUACGCGCGCAAGCCGCCGACCAAGAAGCUAGCAUAGCAAUGCCCACUUGAAUCCGUUGCACCGUUCCACGUGGACGGAUACUAGAUAGUAACUUAUGUAAACCCUCGACUCCAACAUCGCAAAAUGUGCUCUUACGAC